AUGAACUGUGACUUGAUUGUGAAGGCAUCAGCUGUUAGAUCAGGCUGCAGUCAUAUGACACACAGAGCGUCUCACUUCCUCAAACUUUCUCAGUUCAUCCCACCGUGUGUGCUGCUGCUCGCCACUCAUAACCCUCGUCUGCUUGACACCGUUUCUCAGGCAGACCGGUUGCGGGUUUGGUCUGGUGUUGUCCUCAUGGCGAGCUCGCGUGCGGUGUCCACCUGUCUAUUUGUCGCGCUUCUCACCUGCACGCUCAGGUGUUCACAAUGCGUCAAACUGAGCAACAUCAUCCUCAUUCUCACCGACGACCAGGAUGUGGAGAUGGGGGGAAUGACGCCUAUGAAGAAGACCAAAGCACUGAUCGGUGAUGCUGGUGUGACUUUCUCCAAUGCUUUCACUGCCACCCCUCUGUGCUGUCCCAGUCGCAGCAGCAUCCUCACUGGGAAAUAUCCACACAAUCAUUUGGUCCGAAAUAACUCCAUCUCUGGCAACUGCAGCGGCACAGCGUGGCAGAAGGAGGCUGAGCCCUUCGCCUUUCCGGUUUACCUCAAUAAGAUGCGCUACCAGACCUUCUACGGCGGGAAAUACUUGAAUCAGGCAUCUCAACUGUCACUGAUCCUGCAGUCGUUCGUAGAGGUGUACAACCUGACGUCAGAUCCCCAUCAGCUGGAGAACAUCGUGAAGAAGGUCGAUCCUACGCUUCUGCAGAUCAUGAACCAAAGGCUGAUCAAGCUGCAGUCCUGCACGGGUGACAGCUGUCGAAACAUCAAAUAA